AUGAACCUAACUACGCUAGCCCCAGAAGUCUUCGAGACAAUUCUCACGUACCUUGAUGUUGACACAGUCAAAGCUCUUCGUCUCACGGACCGAAAGCUCGCAGAAAGGUGCAUUGGACCCCGGUUCCUGGGCUCCAUCCAACAACCAACUUUCGAUGUAUCGCCACAGAAUCUUCGUUCUCUUCGGGCCUUAGCUUGCAAUCGUACACUUAAAAAGGGGAUUCAUUCUCUGACAUUAUUAGCUACAAAUUUGGAUUCUUCGGAAUUAAAAAAGAAUGUGGCAUCUGGAACAUACAUUGUACGGGAGGUCAAUGGGCCCUUUGUUUCAGCCACUACGGUCGCCUAUACCCCCAAGGAACUUUCAGAUGCUGGAUCCGAUUUGAAGUGGUUGAAAGAACAGGAAGAACUCAGGAACAAUGAAUCGUCGAGCGAGAUGAUUGAACUUCUCCAACUUGCGCUCACAGAGUUUGGCGAGUUGGAUGCCAUUCACUUGGACGGUGCCGCCAUCACCGGACGUACCCAGAGAGAAUCAACUCAGAAUGGGGAGUGGCAUCCGCUCUGGAUGCGAGCGUCGCAUGUAUUCUCUUUGGUUAUGACAGCCAUAUUGCAAAGUCGGAUACCGGUGAAGAAACUUAAUGUCUAUCGCAAUACUCCUAGAUGCUGCAUUCCAUCCGGUCAUAUCACUGCCUAUGCAUCCUAUCUCGAUACAAAUCAGCUACACGUACUGUGCAACGGUCUGGAGUCGUUUGAAUUGAGUAUUUCUACGGAAAUACAGGCCGUUAUUGAAAAUGGUGACUCCGAUGAAGACGAUCUAAGUGAUUAUGAAAAAGCAUCUCGCAGAACAUUUGGCUUUUCAAAGGGACAUUUAUCACACGAAGAUCCCCGUGCAGUGCUAUCUGGUGAAAACCCUGGAGUCACAAGCAUACUCAAGUAUGCAUCGUCUCUUAAGGAAUUGGACUUAUCAUUCCGUCGGGCCCUUUCAGGUGGAAACUUGCACAGCUACGACUCAAUCAUUGAAAGUAUCGCCUCUGAAACCCAUUUCCCGAGGCUGGAAAGCUGUGCGCUUUCCGGGUUCAUGGCUAAAGGACAGUCGAUCCUACUUCUUCUCCAGAAACACUCCGGCCUUCGAUCUCUCACGUUGCAUGAAUGUUCUUUGACCACUGGGUCAUGGACUCCGAUAUUCGCUUACCUUGGCCAAUCGAUGCCAAAGCUAGAGAGCCUCAGCCUGUCUAACUUAUUUGGGAAGCAUAUGCCGUAUCCAAAACAUGGAGCAACAGUAGCUCGCUCGACUUCGAAUGACAAAGAGCAAGGAGAAGAGAACGACGUGCAGGAAGUCGAUGGAAUAGUGAGUUUGGACCCAAUUUGGGAUACCGAUCUACCACCGCGUUGGAAAAGGUUCUCGAAGGGUGCUACGUAUGUUGUGCAUACCAGGAGCUUCAAUCAAGCAGAAUUGAAGAAAGGUCUUAUCUUUCGGCCUGAACCUGGAGGGAGAAGGCCGAAGGGUUCGAUUGAACUUAUGAGGUGGAAAAGGUCUCGGCAAGCGCUUUAUGGGUGUCCAUAG